AUGCAGAGGAGAUUCAUGGUGUUGGGCUUUAACAAUUCUCGCAAUUCAGCUUAUAUGUUGGUUCCUGUGAAGUACAAAAACAGUGGAGGAAGUAGACCCAAGAAGAAAAUUUACCACAGAGUCCAUGAAUUGGACAAAGCUAUGGACUUGCAGAAGAAGCCAUCUUUAAUCUUAAGGCUGAAAUCCAUUAUCCAAUCUCAAAAACAGCAGUGUCUGCUUCUCCGUAACCUUGAAAAAGAAGUUGGGUUUGUCCAAAAAUGGAACUUUAUGUCUGUUAUUGAGAAAUACCCUUCAAUAUUUUAUGUUGGUGGUGGUAAUCAAACACCCCCAUUUGUUAGUUUGACUGAGAAAGCUGAAAGAAUUGCUAGUGAAGAAGCUAAAGCAAGGGAGUUAAUGGAACCCAUUUUGGUUAAGAACUUGAGGAAGUUGUUGAUGUUGUCAGUUGAUUGUAGAGUACCACUAGAAAAGGUUAAACUUAUUGAAUCAGAGUUGUGUUUGCCUGAUGAUUUUGACAAGUCAUUGAUUCCAAAGUACCCAGAAUUCUUUUCAGUCAAGGAUUUCAAUGGAAAAGCUUAUCUUCAUUUGGAGAAUUGGGACUCUUCAUUAGCAGUCACUGCAAGAGAGGAAAGAUUUUCAAGUCAAGGAAUUCUGGUCUCUUCUGGUGUGUAUCCAAGGAAGGUUAGAAUAUCAAAAGAUGGUAAUUUUGUUGGUCAACAUGCAUUUAAAAUAAAUUUCCCAGCUGGUUUUAGACCAAACACAAGUUACCUUGAGCAAUUUGAGAAGUGGCAGAAAAUGGAGUUCCCAUCUCCUUAUCUAAACGCUAGGAGAUUUGAAAUUGCUGAUCCAAAAGCAAGGAAGAGAGUGGUGGGUGUGCUUCAUGAGCUUCUAAGUUUGACUGUGGAGAAGAGAUUGACAUCUGCUCAAUUGGAUGCAUUUCAUUCAGAGUACUUAUUACCAUCUAAGUUACUCCUUUGUUUGAUAAAACAUCAUGGUAUCUUUUACAUCACUAAUAAAGGUGCAAGGAGUACUGUGUUUCUUAAAGAAGCUUAUGAUGGGUCAAAUCUGAUUGAGAAAUGCCCCAUUUUGAUGCAUUAUGAUAAAUUUUUAACACUUUGUGGUAGAACUGGUGGGAUCAGCUCAUCAAAAGACAUGGCUUCUACACAGCAUGGUUACUAAAAAAAACUUAUCUUUUGGGUAGUUUUUUGACAUCAUCUUUCAAAAGGGUGAGAUUUUGAGACCAUCCCUUAGAACAUGAAAUGAAUUUGGUUCAAGAAGACAGAGAAGAAGCCCACUUUAAAAUUGUUGAGAACCAGAAAUAUUCCUUGGAUAGGAACACAGAGAAGAAAUGUUUUGAAGUGGCAAAAAAAGGAGGACAGCAAUGAUUUCAACUGUAUUUGACACUUCCAAUUACACAUGGGUCAAAACUAAUAGGGUCUUGGCCCAAUCAACUUUUAUGUAGGUCUCACUUGUUAUUUGAUUGUAAAGAACCAGUAAUUCCAUCCUCUGCACAAAGGUAAGAACUUCACUUGAAUAGCUACUCUUAUUUUUCUUUCAAAAAGUAAAAAUUCCUUUUCUGAUUUACAUAAACUUAAUAAGCUAAUUUUAUUAUAUGUUAAGAGAAGUGGGAUUUACACUAAUAUAAAUAUAAGUUAAGUAUUAGCAUGAGGACCCUUUUGAUUUGUUUUUCUCAAUUUUCAUGAUUUAAAGCUGAUCUUCCAAUAUGGUGCACUAAUGAAAUCUGAUAUAUUAUCCUUAAACUCAUGAUUUUGAGCAGUGAUAAAUUAGAUAAUAGAUAUGGUAUAGCUAUUGGACAGUGGACUAUAUUGGUAGGGUUUCAAAAGGGUUAAAAAGGAAUAGAAAAUUAGUUAGGAAUCACAAGUUGGGGAAAGAAAAAAAAAAGUUGACACCCACUUAUUAUAGUGCACAUUUAAGAGGCAUGAAGCAUCAUCAAAACUCAAAAAACAAACUCAGAUUUCAUUGGCUCACAUAAUUAUGGCAAAUUAGGUGUUUUUGGAUGACUUUUUCAUGAGGUGGGUUAUCUUAGUAGUAUCCUAUAAUAGACUUUAAUUACUUAUAAUAAUAUAUGAUUUAAACCAAAUCCCAGCUGUAUAUGAUUGAUAUUAGUCAUGUCACAUUGUAUAUAUAAUUACUUACUAUUCUAUUCUCCCUUUAUAUCCCAAAUCUAACUUUAAUUAUACAAACAUGAAUAAAGUGAAGAACAGAAGCAGAAAAUAAGUUUUGUGUUUCUUUCUUUAUUAUUCUCUUUUAACAUAUUUGUAUGCAGGCCUAGUUGUAACCCACUCAAGUGUCAACUCUUUACCAGGUGGACUUGGUUGGAUAUGAGACAAUACAUACAAUUCAACCAAAGGUACUAUAGAUAAAUAUUGUUAAUAAUUGUGAAAGUGAUAUCUAUAUUUAUCUUGUGUUUAUGUAUACUAUUUAUCAAUCAAUCAAUGAAUAAUAAUAAUAAAUAUAUUACAAUGUGAAAUGAAUU